AUGUCACGAGCAGCCGAAUAUGCACAGUUUCCCUAUACUCCUCCGAAAACCCAUCUUACAUCUGCCCAACAGUCUAUGCACCACCAAUAUACUCAACAACAACCAAAUCAGUUCACGAGUUCUCAGGACGGUUUGCUCACUCAACCACCACCUUCAGUAACAACGAAUCCACAAUAUACGACCUCUCAUGCCUCAAUUGUACCGCCUAAUUUAGGUACUCAGCAAACACGACGUUACAAAACUCAACAACAUAACUCCAUAUCACCACCUACUCCAAAUACCCCUAAUCGACAGUAUUCUCAAAAUUCUCUCGUUCAAGCAACAUUGGAGCACCCUCCCUCCCCAUUAAGCUCAAAUCAAUGUUUACCCACUACUAAUAAUGUUACCAUUCCCUCGACUUUACCCGCGUCUUUACCUACCCCUCCAACUACCCUCCCAGGUUUAUCAAGUCCAAAUUCAGGGAAUUCCCCGGCUUCUAAUUUUGAUUUGCAGGAUGUUCUCGCGCAAUUUGGUAAUCAACCUGAACUACUUAAACUCAUUCUUCAAUCAAAGGUAGAGGAAGACAAGCGUAAAGCUGAGGAAGCAAAAUUGCGCGUCAGAGAACUUGAUUUAUUGUUAUUGGAUCGUGAUAGGCAGAAAAAGGGUUUAGAACACGCUCAUGAUGUUGAUGAAUCAAAGAAUGAUGAGAUUCAUUCUAAUCAAGAUAUGGAUUUCGAUCAUGGUGAAGAUUUUAAUUUUUUUCCUUCCGUCAUCACAUUUUCGAUCACGAAUGAUGAAAAGGUUUCACAUGUGUUCAAUUUAUUCAUUCCCCCUUUUAUUUUAGACAACUCGAUCGGACCGUUCUCCACAUCUGACGGAUCAUUAAGUUACGCGUCUUUUGGUGCUAGUUUAUCUUCUCCCGUACAAAAUCUCUCCCUCAAUUCUCCGAGUACUCCCGUAUCUCAAUCAACGCCUCGACUUAAACCAGCACCGCGAAUCAAUUCGACACCAAAAGGUCAGUCGGCGCCACAAUUCCCAUUGCAUGAUCGUUUUGCGCCACAUAACAAUCAACUGACGUCUCAAAAUCAAAUGCUCUCUCAUAAUCAAGCAAUCCAAAAUGACCAGGAGGUUAUUCUUGGAUCAGCAGAAAACGAAGAAAGCAACGCCAAUAAUAUAACGAACAAACGUAAACGCAAACGUCGCGAAAUGCUUCCUGUGACGAUGAUCAUCGAAACCAAAGAAUAUCCUUACGUGGAUGACUAUUUAUGGAAGAACAAUGGAAAUACCACCCAAAGAAAAACUGGAAACAAGAGCGUUUAUUUUAAAUGCUCAAAUAGCAACAAGGGAUGUCCAGUUAAUAAGACGGUCACUGAAAAGGAAGGUGGAUGGAUCAUUAAAUAUCGUGGUCAUCAUUUGGAUGAAUGCGGUAAGAUUAAACGCAUCGUGCAAUCUUAA